CAAGAAACCAUAAUGAGUUUCGGCGCGGUGACUUGGCCCCCGAUCAGUUACUUUGAUGAGCUUCCACGGAUCUCUAUCUACUCGUGGCCACCUGCCGACAGAUCUACGCUUUGGGGUGAAUUCGACGUAUCAUUUUCCGUCGACCUGACGUACUGGGUUUUUGAUGUCGGGGGUCAACGGUCGGAAAUGCGGAAAUGGCUUCACUUCUUCAAGGACUUGGGCGUCAUCGCUUUCUUUGUUGGUCUCAGUGAUUAUGACCAGAGUCGAAUGGCUGAAUCGGUGGCUCUCGAUAUAGAUUCUUGCUCGAUCCAAUACCUCAAUAAGAUCGAUCUCUUGGUGGACAAAAUCGAUUCAAAACCUCUUGGUUUAUACGUGAAGGACUACCGUGGACGCGAAGGUGACACCGACACGAAACAGGUUAAAUUUCUCCUAGCUGUGGUACAACAACGUAAUAACGGAAGCACACUUGGCUACUCUGGAGUUGUUGUAGCGGAAUAUCCCGUGCGAUAUUUUAGUACGUUAAGUGAGGCACAAUUCCCGAACUACAUGAUCUACCGCUCCACUUCAUCGCCCACCUCUCGGGUGUCGAUCCGAUAUCUCCAACACUACACACCCAGAUCAGCUAGCUAGAUCCGAUGGGCAAUAUCUCUCUUCAUUACCUGUCACCCUAAAUUUCCCAUGGUGAUCUCGCACAUGAAUAUAUAUAUAGAUUGUCAUGAAGUUAUACGCCCCCCUUUGGUGGAACAUCUGUAGCUCUCGCGAUGUCACAUUGUUGACUGUGUAGUUGGGGUUGCGACUAGGACGUUGUGUGUGUAUUGCAGCAUCGUGAUUGCUAAUUAUUCAGU